UACACACACGCAACAAGGGAGACGGGAGAGACGUCAAUGCCUCUCCAUUCAACAAGAAGAAAGUCAUGGACGAAAAGAACCAGAAAGAAAGAUUAAAAAACAGAAAAAAUUUGAAAAAAGCGUAAUUUCUAAUCAAGAAAAAGAAUUCAGAGUUUAGGAUUUAACGUCGUCCACCUACCCAUCCAAACCAUCCCAUCCCAUCCCAUCAAUCCUUACAAUUACAAACGCUUUAAACGACUCCGUCACGUUUCAUCACCUUCUCUUCUUUCCAUCUAACCACCUAUAACAGCAACCAAUCUCAAACUGCCUAAAUUAUCCCCAAUUUCUAGGGUUUCUGUGGGUUUUUGUUUUCCUUCUCAGAAACCCUAAGCAAUUAUUCAGCUGGGAUUUUUCUAUCUACUUACACCAUGUCGAGCGUGGAGGAGCCACUUGGUUGUGACAAGUUGCCUAGCAUGAGUACCAUGGACCGGAUUCAGAGGUUCUCAUCCACUGCUUGCAGGUCUAGGUCAGAUGAUGCAGCGCUGGGGAACUGUUGGAUCGAAGGAAGAAGUUGUAGCACAUCGAAUAGCUACAAUGAAGAUUAUGAUGAAUAUACAAGGGAGGCCUUUCCAUGGAAAAGACAUACAAGAGCCCAGGGCUUGUCCCAUGGUGACUCAUUCAAUCAACGGACGUUAAGCGUACGCAGAAAUCACAGGGUAUUUGGAAAUAUUUGUGAUUCAUGGUAUUUCUCGGAUCAAUAUAACCCCAAGUGCAAUAACACAGAUAUGGCAAAUAAGUUUUUAAAAGGUAUACCAAAGUUUGUGAAGAUAGUAGAAGUAGGUCCAAGGGAUGGACUACAAAAUGAAAAGAAUAUUGUAUCUGCAUCUGUAAAGAUUGAACUGAUUCAGAGACUGGUAUCUUCUGGGUUGUCUGUUGUUGAGGCAACAAGUUUUGUGUCUCCCAAAUGGGUUCCUCAGUUAGCAGAUGCAAAAGAUGUAAUGGAAGCAGUUCAAAGUCUGGAGGGUGCUAGAUUGCCUGUACUGACACCCAAUUUACAAGGUUUUGAAGCAGCUAUUGCAGCAGGUGCUAAGGAUAUAGCGGUGUUUGCAGCAGCUUCUGAAUCAUUUUCAAAGUCAAACAUUAAUUGUAGCAUUGAAGAAAGUCUUGUUCGUUAUCGUGCUGUUACUCGUGCUGCAAAAGAGCUUUCAAUUCCUGUACGAGGGUAUGUCUCUUGCGUUGUUGGAUGUCCAGAGGAGGGAGCAAUUUCUCCAUCAAAAGUGGCAUAUGUUGCAAAAGAACUUUGCAACAUGGGCUGCUUUGAAAUUUCUCUUGCUGACACAAUCGGGGUUGGUACACCUGGGACAGUUGUCCCCAUGCUGGAAGCUGUAAUGGCUGUUGUUCCUGUUGAAAAGCUUGCUGUUCACUUCCAUGACACCUAUGGGCAAUCUCUCUCAAAUAUUCUCGUCUCUCUUCAAAUGGGGAUUAGCACACUGGAUUCCUCGAUUGCGGGUUUAGGCGGGUGUCCAUAUGCCAAAGGAGCUUCAGGCAACGUUGCCACUGAAGAUGUUGUGUACAUGCUGAAUGGACUCGGUGUGAAAACCAAUGUGGAUUUGGCGAAGCUUUUGACGGCUGGGGAUUUCAUCAGCAAGCAUUUGGGUCGCCCGUCUGGCUCAAAGACCGCGGUUGCCUUGAGUCGAGUCACUGCUGAUGGCUCUAAAAUAUAAGUUGUUUCAGGCCGAUAACUUCUACUCGGGCUGUACAAGAAAUGUUCAUGAUCUGCAGAGGCAUACGGUAGGAAUAAACACUUGACUCUCUUUCGACCUCUCCAAAUAUAAAUUUGAAACGUUGUAUUUGUAUGAUGAAUACCAUAUACGAUGUCCGGUGUAUUUGCCUUGUUAUCUUUUAAAAAUAAAGUUAUUGCAGUGAUGAAAAUA